AUGGCGAAGAGAGAGAUUAGUAGCACUCUGAGAAAUCUUAAGUUUAUGCAAAGGUCUGCUGUGAAAGAGGAGAAGAAGAAGGAUGUUGAAGAGCCUAAUGGGAAUUUUCCUUCCCUCGGAACUGUUGCAAAGAAGUGUGUGGUCAUAACAGACUGGAAUCCUCAGCCAGGAGCAGUGUUAGGACGCAUGUCGUUUCAGUCUUUCAAUCCCUCUAUCGAGAAACUGAACGAAGAGGCGAUAAACGGUCGAAAAACUGAUGCUUCUCCCUCAAGCUCAAGCAGUAAUGGAGGAAGAAUGUCUUUUAGUGAACCGAAGGCUGAGACAAGUCGGGAAACAAAUGGAGACUUGAAAAGAAAACAGUCUGAGGUAGUCUCUGAGGAACAGAACCGUCCAAACAAGUCCCCGAAGAGCAUUGACAAACCAUCACCGAGCUAUAAAAAAGGCGAUGGUUUCAAGAAACCAAAGAGCAAGAAGGUGAACUGGAGCGUUUUGAUGCCACCAAAACCUCAAACCAAAUAG